AUGAACGCAAUUUGGACAACAUGGAUCCUCUUGUCUUUAGCCUCAGCAAUCCCAUUGAAUGAUCAAACAAUACUGCACUCCACCUCGGUGGAGAAGGCUGGAUGGUACGAUCCAAGAGUGAACGGAGGCAGGCUUCUCGACGUGCGUUCUCUCCUCUCCUGGUAUCUGUUUGGCCAAUUCAUCCUGGCCCAGUUCACAGCCGGAACCCAAGGCGAACCUCUCAACAUAAUCAUAUCCAGCAAUUCCGACCCAUACAUCCUGACUGACAGUGGAUUCGUUGGUUAUGCAAAAUCAAUAGGCUACUCGCACGAAUGCCUAGGACUGCACUACGGCCACAAACAUGAAGCCAAUCUAGGCGACGGUGACGGCCAAAAACCUGAGCUUGUCCUCGCCCGACAGCACUACUUCCCGGUCUGGGGUACGUGCUGGGAAAGCCUAGCAGGCGGCCAGCAUUUCCGUGCAUGGAAGCAGAACGGCAGUUUAGCUGAUAGCGGGGCUUGGUUCGUUGGCAGGAACCACAUGAUCGUUCCAAACGGGUACAACCUAGGGCGCGACUGGUUCGUCAAACGUGCUCUCAAAGGAACAAACUGGAACGGCCGCUGGUGGAAAGCCCAAGUCGAGUGGAGGACCGAUCUACUCGAGAAGGGCAAUAAAGGUCAGCUAACCCUUCCUCACAUUCUCAACUCGUUGAUUUUGAUCACAUCUCUUGCACCUACAGACGUCAACCAUGGCAUAGCACAAGAUGGGCGCGUUGCCGUCAUGACCGUAAUACGACAAUGA